AUAUACAUUUACGCUUAUAUCCAUUUAUCCUUCUACGUGAAAUGGAUUAAUGAAAUUUAUGAGGAACACGAUGAAAUGCAGUCUUCGAAUGCCACAAUCACUUUCUGCGUAUUAAUAUUAUUAUGGUCGUAUUGCAAGUUAAUUUUUGCAUAUAAACGAAAUCAACCUAUUAAAAUGCAAAGUUUAAAUUACUUAUCUGAUAAUAAUGCCCAAAAGGCGGAAUUUGUUCGUGCAUCAUGGAGUGAUACAACUUAUUCAAAACUUAGAACAUACAGUAAGUUUCACGCAUUUUUCAACGUAUCGUGAUA